GUACAAUAUGAGAUUUCCCACAACGCUAUCCACUCCUGGACUGGUGGUCAGUCUCCCUAUGGCAUGUCCACUCUUGAGUACACCGCCUACGACCCACUCUUCCUGCUCCACCACUCCAACGUGGACCGUCAGUUCGCCAUCUGGCAAGCCCUGCAGAAGUUUAGAGGUUCUGCCAUACAACAGUGCCAACUGUGCCAUCCAGCUCCUGCAUCAGCCGAUGAGGCCCUUUAGCGAUGAGGAUAACAUUAACCCGGUGACCCGUUCCUUCUCUCGCGCCAGUGAUGUCUUCAACUACGACAGACUCAACUACCAAUACGAUGACCUCAACUUCCAUGGACACACUAUCUCAGAGCUCAACGACAUCCUGGAGCGACGCAGGGAGAAGGAUCGCAUCUUUGCUGAGUUCCUCCUCCAUGGUGUAGGUGCUAGCGCUGACAUCACCUUCUACCUGGUUGACUCUCAAAACCACUCCGAAUUUGCUGGUACAUUUGCUGUGUUGGGCGGUCCCUUGGAACACCCGUGGGCAUUCGAUCGUCUGUUCAAGUACGAUGUCACUGAUGUAUUCAACAAACUGCACCUGAGACCCGACUCUGAGUACCACUUCGACAUCGAGAUUGUAGCAGUUAACGGCACUACAUUGGACAGCCAUUUGAUCAGGUCACCCACUGUCCAGUUCGUUCCUGGAAUUAGGGAAUACUACGAGAAGGUCGCGGAGAGAGUCCAGCCUCGCGACGACAUACUGAUCAGAAAGAACAUCAAUGAGCUCACCCUGGAGGAGUCGGCCAACUUGAGGAGCGCGCUCAACAAGCUGCAGCAGGACCAGGGUCCUAAUGGGUUUGAGGCUAUCGCUGGUUUCCAUGGAGCUCCAUUUAGAUGUCCUGAAGUUGGCACAGAAGACAAAUACGCUUGCUGUGUCCACGGCAUGCCGGUAUUCCCACAUUUUCACCGAUUGUUGACCGUGCAGUUUGAGCAAGCGCUUCAUGACCAAGGGGCCUUAAUUGGUGUCCCCUAUUGGGAUUGGACCGCUCCUAUUAAGAAAGUGCCAUCACUGUUUGGAGAGAGUGCUGACUUUAACCCAUUCUAUAGCUACACCAUCUCCUUCAACAACCAGAGAACCACGCGAAACAUCCAGAGCGAGUUGUACAACCCACACACCAUCAACGGCUACAACUACCUCUACUAUCUGGCUCUGAGCACGCUGGAGGAGGACAACUUCUGUGACUUUGAGGUCCAGUAUGAGGUGCUGCACAACGAAAUCCACGGCCUCAUUGGAGGUAACGGCACCUACUCAAUGGCAACGUUGGAUUAUUCAGCUUUCGAUCCUUUCUUCAUCAUCCACCACUCAAGCAUCGAUAGGAUCUGGGUCAUUUGGCAGGAGCUCCAGAAACUGCGUCACAAGCCAUUCAACUCCGCCCACUGUGGAGGCCACGUCCUGGAGGACCCACUGCAUCCCUUCAGCUAUGGAGAGAUCAACAAGAACGACCUCACCCGGCGCAACUCUCUUCCCAGUGCUGUGUUUGAUUACUCACAUUUCGGUUAUGAGUUCGACAAGCUGGAGCUGAAUGGCCAUGACGUCAAAGAGAUCUAUGAGAUCAUCAGUGACCUCCGCCACGGCAACAGAGUCUACCUAGGCUUUGUUCUAUAUGGACAGCAGAGCAGUCUAGAGUACAAG